ACUGCGAUGCGGGAGAAAGACAUCCGCCAUUUUAGAGCACACACACACACACUCGAGCCACAAAACAUUUAAUGCUGUGGAAUAGUUUCUAAAAGGACUGGGAAUUAAUUGAAUUGUCAAGAACGAAUCUAGAGAGAGAGAGGAGGGCCUUUAAGGUGUGUUUAAUCCACGGGGGCUGAAGAUGUCUGCCGACAGGAGAGAUGAGAAAGAUGGGGAACUGAAUGUGCUGGAAGACAUUUUGACUGAUGCUCCUGACCAGGACGAUGAGCUCUACAACCCCGAGAGUGAACAUGAUAAUAAUGAGAAAAAAGGGUCUAAAAGGAAGCACGAACGAGGAGGCAGCCAGGAUGCAAAGCGGCUCAGAGCAUCGGCACACACUACCAGACAGCCAUUAAAGAGAGCUACCCCUUCUUCUGGGUCGAAAAAGACAAGCAAUCUCAGAGGAAGACAUGCACCAGAAGAGCUCUAUGAAGACAGAAAGAACCAUGCUGGAAGAGGGGGUGCAUCCCGGGCUGAUUUAUCUAAAGGAUAUGGUGAAAAAGGCCUGUCCCGCAGCAGAGACUCCCAGAGACUGAUUAAACCCCUGCUGCCUGAGCUGACCGAGAAGAUGCGGAGGACUAGUGAGGACAGUACAAGCAGAGUAAGUCGUUCCUCCAGAGAGGAAGAGGCUCAUUCAGAAGAAUAUGUGACUGGCAGCUCUGUGGCUUCCUCUGAGGGCAACUGCUCGGAUGUCGAAGAGGAAGGAGCCAUGCAGGAGGAAGGGGAAGAGAAGGAAGCAGAGGAGGAAGAUGAGGAGGAUGAAGAAGAGGAGGAGUAUGAACUGGAGGAGGAGGACGACCCACGGGAGGGAAAUGAACAGAACGACUACGAUACUCGCAGCGAGGCCAGUGAUUCCCAGUCUGAGUCUGUGUCCUUCUCGGAGGGAGAGUCUGUGCACUCAGGCUCAGAGGCGUCAGGGUCUGAAAAGAAACAUGAAAAACUGUCCUCUUCUGUCAGAGCUGUGAGGAAGGAUCAAACCAGCAAGCUGAAGUAUAUCCUGAGAGAGGCCAGGUUUUUUCUAAUUAAGAGCAACAAUCAUGAGAACGUUUCCCUGGCUAAAGCAAAGGGUGUUUGGUCCACUUUGCCCGUCAACGAGAAAAAACUCAACGCAGCUUUUCGCUCUGCUAGAAGUGUUUUGCUAAUAUUUUCCGUUAGGGAGAGUGGAAAGUUUCAAGGUUUUGCGCGGCUCUCGUCUGAAUCUCAUCAUGGAGGUUCUCCCAUCCACUGGGUUCUACCCGCAGGCAUGAACGCCAAGAUGCUUGGAGGAGUCUUCAAAAUUGACUGGAUUUGCAGGCGGGAAUUACCUUUCACAAAAACGGCUCACCUCUCCAACUCAUGGAAUGAGCACAAGCCUGUGAAGAUUGGACGUGAUGGACAGGAGAUCGAACCAGACUGCGGGACACAGCUGUGCAUGCUCUUCCCACCUGAUGAGAGCAUUGACUUGUAUCAAGUCAUUCACAAAAUGCGCCACAAGAGAAGGAUGCACUCAGAGCCUCGAUCUCGGGGCCGACUGCCCCACAGAGAGCCCGUCCCUCGGGACAUGGGAAGGUUAGAAAUGUUCUUUGGACUGAUAGUGCGCACUUGUGUCCCUGUCAAUGGACUUUUAAAUGAACUUUACACGCCAGAAUUCCCCCAGAGACCAGGUUUUAUGCAAGACCCUCGCAAUCCACCUGUGGACAGGCGCUUCUCUGGUGUUAGGAGAGAUGUAUUUCUCAACGGAUCCUACAAUGACUAUAUGAGAGAAUUCCACCACAGCAUUGGGCCUCCACCUCCGUGGCAAGGAAUGGCCCCGUACCCUGGAAUGGAGCAUCCUCCCCAGCACCCAUACUACCAGCAUCAUCAUCCUCCUCCACCCCAGGCCCACCCUCCUUACUCCGGACACCAUCCCAUGCCCCAUGAUGCCCGCUUCAGAGAAAAGAGGGUCGUUCGCUCCUUCGCCUCCAGUUUGCAUGACUACGACAUGCGUGUGGAUGAUUUCCUGAGACGAACGCAGGCAGUGGUGAGUGGACGUAGGAGCCGACCACGUGAGCGUGACCGACAGAGAGAGCGCGACCGGCCACGGGACGGGCGUCGUGACCGAGAAAGAGAGCGUGGCAGAGAACGGGACCGUGAAAGAGAGCGGAUUCGAGACCGUGAGAGGGAGAAGGAGAGGGGUCGAUACCGGAGAUAGGGGAAAUUGUUUUAAACCGGUUUAUUUUUCCCCUUUUCAUAUUGUAAAUAUUGUUAGAUUUCAUUUAUAAUUUUUUUUAAUACAGUUAAAGUUCAUCAGAAAGUUAAACUGCAUCUUUCUGGGCAUUUAAAAAAAAAAAAAAUUCUUGAUCUCCUCCCAUUGUUAGCAUCAUGCAUGCAGUGCAUUAAAAAUUAAAUGUGAAAACCAAAAAGCUUUUUUACCCUCAAUUUUUUUUAUUCAUUCAUUUUUAAUCAUUGGUUCUGUAGCUGGUCCAGCAUUGUUGAGAAGGAGCUGCUUUUCCCUGUGUACGUUU